AACUUCCAAAAAUUGGCACUCAUCGCUGGCGCAAAACGAUGCGAAGAGUUUUAAUUUUCUCUUCUCCAAAUCCAAUCACUCCUCAAUUGUCCACACCGCCUACUCCGCCUGUCAACGCCGUGUUCCCCAUACGAAACUGCCGCUGGAUCGGCCCUUCCACUUCCUUCCAGCCACCAGUACUUCGCUUGCAUAAUUACCAACGUACCCCCACUCCCCUGCUCUGCUCUGCGACUGACUCAGUGACAAAUCAAACAAAAAUGGCGUCUCAAGAUGAACAAGACCCUCGGAUUUCCAAAAUUUCUUCUGUGAUUCGUGUCAUCCCAAACUUCCCUAAACCAGGGAUUUUAUUUCAAGACAUAACUACUUUGCUUCUUGAUACCAAAGCAUUUCGUGAUACUAUUGAUUUGUUUGUUGAGAGGUACAGAGAGAAAGAUAUCUCUGUUGUUGCAGGUAUAGAAGCAAGGGGAUUCAUAUUUGGUCCACCCAUUGCAUUAGCUAUUGGGGCCAAGUUUGUUCCUCUGAGGAAACCCAAUAAGCUGCCUGGUGAGGUUAUAUCGGAGGAGUAUUCUUUGGAGUAUGGAACAGACAAAAUUGAGAUGCAUGUUGGUGCCAUGCAAGCAGGAGAACGUGCUUUGAUAAUAGAUGAUCUUGUUGCCACUGGUGGAACCCUGUGUGCUGCAAUCAGGCUACUUGAGCGUGUUGGAGUGCAUGUUGUGGAGUGUGCUUGUGUUAUUGAAUUACCAGAGCUAAAGGGCCGGGAACGGUUAGGAGAUACACCAUUGUUUGUUCUUGUAAGCUCUGCUUGAUCUCACAAGUUUUGUGGAAGAGCCAUCUUUCUCAGCCCUUUUGAGUUUGCAAUAUAGCUAGAACUUUGCCCAAAAGCCCAACAAAACUACUUGGUUGAAUAAAAAGGGCUACUUUUGGUAGUUAAGGUCACAUUAGAUUGAACUAAGAACUAUGAUAAGUCGGCGUAUCGAUGAUAUUCUUGCUUGUAAGGAUAGUUGAUUUCGUUGUAUUAUUAUGAGGCACCAGAGCUAGUAGCUUUCAUCAAAAGGUCUUGUUUGGUGAUAGAAAAGAUUCUGUUUUUAAUGCCGAUGUCGUGGUUUCAAGCUGAAUUCACCCCUACUUGACUAUUGAUUUUGUUACUUUCUUAAUCCUGUGUUGCAGAAUGAAAUAAGUAGGUGAAUAAAGAUCAGAAAUAAUCAUUAU